AUGUCCUCCCCCAUUUCGAUCGGCGAUGCCUACCUGAUGGCCAGGCUGGCCUUCAAGCUUGGUCGGGCUUUUACCAAGGGGCGCAAGUCAGCGCCAGACGAGUUUCGCGAGGUCGAAAACCAGCUCUACUCCUUGAGCGCCGCACUGUCUGCCUUAAGCGAGGAGCAGACAUCUGCAAGUGCUGCCCUAAAUAUAGACACAUCCAGACUCCCCUCCGUGACUCGGGGGCUGCAGGUCAACAACGGCGGGGAUGUGCUCAUGGUGAUGCUCAGCAGCUGCCAGGAGACCCUCAAGCACCUCGAACACCUCGUCGAGAAGUAUAGCUCCAUCCGAGAGCCACGAGACCCCGCCGCUUCAACAAGGCAGAGGUGGAGAAGGGAGCUCCGGGACAUCUGGAGGACGAUCGAGUGGACCACCGAAGGAGGUGACCUGGCGACGCUAAGAAGCCAGCUCACCGUCCACACCAAUAGCCUCAGUCUGAUUCUGGCCGUGGUUAACCAUACGAAGGCCGGCCGUAUCCAAGAAGACAUGACCCAAGCCUCAAAGAUGCUGCGUGAAAUACACACGUGGUUCGUCGAGAACCUUCGAGACCCCCCUAAUAGAGACCACGACGCUGCACCUCCGGAGCCACACGACCAGGACGAGGGGCCUAGAGACCACCAUGCUGCACCUCCAGGGCCACACGACCAAGACGAGGGGGCGACGCCAGUCAUCCAACUCCCAUUCACGGAGGUUCGCUUUAGGCUCGGGAUUCACGCUUCCACUGAGGCCCGAAACUUCGUCUGCCCACAAGCUUCUCUGCAUCCCGAAUGGACGCACAAGGCUUCUCGUGGUGUUGGUGGCCACUCCGGCCAGCCUUCCACCCCUAAACAGGUCUUCCGGUGUCGUUGCACAAACACGGAUCAACCAGGAAGCGAUCACCGCGACUUGGUAGGAGAGUUUGGCCUGUCACCCCUCAGCUUUGCUAUUCGCCUGGCGGGAAAAGAGAAAGCCUGGAUGCUGUACAAAGCUGUCGAUCGCUCCACCAACAAGUUGGUGUCGUUAUUGAUCUCGGGCGUUCCGGCAGCGCGAAUUGCCGAGUUUGAAGACAGAUUCGUAGACACGCUUAGGGCUCGCACUGCAAAGUCACUGCUCGACCAGAACCUAGGAACGAUGCUCGCUUACCAGACCCCGAGCACCCCUGGAGGGCCCUCCGAAACCCGCGUUCUUGACCUCAUGGCCGACCUCCAAGGGAUCGAAAACCUGGUUGAUUCCGUGACCUUGACCAUGAACAAACAGUCGUACACUCGGAACUCUGUCGAGACUAUCCAGCUGCUUCACUACGAGACGCUAAAGCAAGAUGAUUUAACCAGCCAAAUCGUCCAAGUUCCGGCAGACAACUCCCCAGAGGCUAGUGCCGAGCUAGUCGUCUUCUACGGAAGCGAUCCGGACGCCGCUGCCAUCUUCCCUUCUCAGGACGUCGAUGUUGAUCGCAUGAUCGUGAAAAUCGUUCCAACGACCACCAUACGCGCUGAUGACCGCAACUUCAAGGUGCUGCUGAAAGAUGUCGAGUGUGUCGGCCACACUGGCACUGAGGAGACAGUCGUUCUGGGCGGCGUGGACGUGGCAUUCCAGUUGGCAAGCCCGGAGAAUGCCCGGGAGUUUUCCAGCAAACUCGAAGCCAUGAGGAUGGAACUCAUUGUCAUGUCUCUGCGGGCGCCCCUUCCCAACGAGAAGCUUCUGCUCAGUUUGCAUGCCCGAGGAGCCCACACCGAAGACCUCAACAUGGCCGAAUCCGAAAUCAAGAUCUUCCAGUCCACGACCACCCAGAGACUCCGGCUGAUUGUGCAGAGCAAGGACGGCUGCACCCUGAUCAGCCAGCAGCUGGCGGAGAACUUCCUACCCGUAUCCAAUGACGGACAGCCGUGCCGGCCCAACUUUAGGUCACCCAGCUAUGUGGUCCAGGUCGUGGGGGCUGGCACGCGGGAAGUACACCACUACCCGGAUGGGUUUAGGAUUUUGCAGUUUGACGACGUUCAGAUGGACCGCCUCGUGGGAUUGGGCCUGGCGGCAGUGUCGGGCAGUUCGGCAUCGAUCGCGUGA